GCGUGCUUUAAGAUUUUUGUUUGUUAUCGCAACGCAAGCGAUACCGGAUGUCUUUUGGACAUUGGAUUUGUUGCUACUUCUGAUAAAAUCGUUGCGCGUUGCAAUGGUUUCCGAUGCUCAAUUUUUGUGGCGUGACAUAGUCAAUCAGGCGCUUCUUGAGACCAAGGGAUCACAGAAACUCGGAGAAUUGUUGCAGUCUAUUGAACGUCAAAGAGGACCAAACUUUUCCAGAAGAAUUGCAUUAGAAUUGUUGCGUUCGAAUGGGAUUGUUGACGCUGUCCUAGAUUCUAUUAUGCUGCAUCAACACACACAUCUUGAAGAGAAGGGAGAUUGUUUGUGUUUACAACAAAAUAACCCGCAUGGAUCCGAGUUUCACAUGGACGCACUGAAUGUUCCCGCCGUAACUGAUAGGGUUUCUUCUGUAACUCUUCUCGUCGAACUGAUCAAAGGACGCGGCUUUAUUGAAGAUUCAGUUACCUAUGAUGAAUACGUAAAUAAUGAAAAAGGAAUUGUGAAUGCUGACUUAUUUGCUUACUUAGAAUUAGGACAAUCAAGAUUUCGAUCUCCAGCAGUGCCGUAUACAAGUGAACCAAGAUUUUUCUGUUUAUUUUCCGUGAACUUAGCUGACAAACAGUCAGAAAGCAUGACUCCACAGCAAAUCCUGUUGGAAAAAGAGCGUCCGUGGCGUUUUCUGAGCAUUGUGAUCGUGUCAUGCGAACGCGGUACACAGAAGCGGAAGUUGGUGUCUAGCGUUAAUUUGGACUGGCGCCAAUACAUUUUCGGUAAAGCUCACGAUCCCAAUCUCCCAUGGACAGUCUCCGUUUCUUUAGAACUUAGAGGAGUCGAUCCAGAUUCAAAGAUCACUGCCGGCAUUUUGGACCUUCGACUCCGCUUGCUUUGGCCCCUAAGAGCGGCUGCUCACGGGAAAGAACAUACCGACUAUUGCGCACCCUUGCCGCACCCCAUCGAGAUUAUGGAGGCCCAUUUCAGUUUGGAAUCCUCCAGGAUUAAACAACGUGAGCAAGCACUUACCUUGUAUGUGCGGCAGUGGUGGGCUGAGUUUACUCAACUGCGUGAAGGCAUGUUUGCCAAGCGCAUGAUCAAGCUUUUCGCUUUGGACGAGAGGUCUGACGCCCAGUUUGUCUGCAAAUUCGUACGCCCGCUAUCAGUCGACCGCAUUUUGGAGACUCCCUCAAUGGCUGCUCGGUUCGUUUCUACCAUACCAUGUGAGCCUUGCCGAGGCAUCGGUAGUGUUUUUCGAGAACAAUGGUGCUCAGCGUUGGCUUUCGUUGCCCGUAACAGAGGGGAUGUGCAUGACCACGCAAACUUACUCUGCUCUCUGUUCCUUGGCUUUGGCCUGGAUGCUUAUGUUGCCCUGGGAACUAGUCGGACAAAACGGGACGAUGGAACCGGUCAGUCGAUUGACGACACGCCAUACGCUUGGGUGGUGGUUCUACUGACCGGAUGCUCCGCUGUUACAUUCUGGGAUGCCGUCUCCGGGCGAUGUUUCGACUAUGAAGAGGAAAAUCCCAAAUUUGUUGAGGAACAUCUAUUUCAAACCAUAGGAUGCAUGUACAAUCACAAGAAUUUCUACGCGAACAUCCAAACAAAUGACUCGGUUUCACGGUGUUCCUUCAAUCUUUCGGAUGAGUCGCUGUGGCGAGCCAUGUCUUCUGAAGUAGUCAGUUCGGUUGCGGUGGAUUCAACUUUGGCGUUGCACUGUUUAUGUGGACCAGAGUCGGACACCCAACGUCUCAGUUACUCGGUCGAAGGUGAGCUGCAGCGCAUGAUUGAAGAAUGGCGUUCCACACAUUUCGCUGGCGGUGACUGCACUUGGAAAUGGGACUCGCAGCUUAGUCGUUUGUUGGCCCCUAUACUGGCUGGAUUCGAGGCAAAUCAAUUGCGGCCUCGUGUAACCGAUCCGGACCCAGAAGCACAACUGUUCAUGGAUCCAGUGCGUCGAUACAUUCCGAACAGAUCGACUUUCAAGGCCUAUCCCUUACAGUUACUGCAUGCAAACCCAAAACGUAUCUUUACCACCAGUCUUCGAUCCCGCUUGUGUCGAGACAUCUUGACGUGCCGUGGAGAACAGGUCCGUCUUGCUCUACGAGUACGCAUUUACUCGUACGCUGAAGAGGCCAUUGUCACAUGGGUCAUUUUCGCGUGUGUGUACGGACCAAUGCAUUGAACGCAUCCUCUGUGAUUAUACUAUUUACUCUCUCUC